UUUUCCAGGUGUAUAGACAAUCCCUGCCACGAUGGAGCAACCUGUCUAGACUCUGACCAGGGCUACAAGUGCAAAUGUCCUGAUUGGAUGACAGGGACUGGGGAGAGAGGACAAGGAUGUACCGCCAUUGCUAAAGAAACCUGCACCCCAAGCCCGUGCUACGCUAAUGUUCAGUGCACUAUGAAUGACACGUUGGGGCCCGUUUGCGGUCCCUGUCCCAAUGGUUUGAAGGGGGAUGGAUACGUCUGUAACGAUAUUGACGAGUGUAAAGAUUACCAGCCCUGUGACCCGCUAACGAAGUGCACCAACCAUCACGGUGGAUUCACCUGCUCCGACUGCCCGUCUGGUUUC